UUGACCCCUCACCUCACAAUGCAGUCCGGUGGCCUCUUCCCCCUCGUGCUUCUUGCCCUGGGUACCCUGGUACCUUGGACUGUGGAAGGUGCUGGAAAUUCGUUGAAAGCUGGAGCCUGCCCUCCUGUAAAACCUGGUCGAUGCCUUAACGUAUUUGAGACCCCUGAGUGCCAGAGUGACUGGCAGUGUCCAGGGAGGAAGAUCUGCUGCUCCGAUGCUUGCGGAAUCAGAUGCCUGGACCCUGUCAUCUCUGACCAAACGUGUAUGAAGCCUGGCAAGUGUCCUGUGGUCAAUGGCCGGUGUCUGAUCCUCAAUCCCCCCAACCACUGUGAGACAGACCAACAGUGCGUGGGUGACUUCAAGUGCUGUAGGGGCCUGUGCGGGAAAGCCUGCGUGGAACCUGAAUAAGCCUGAUUCCUGUCAUUUAGAAGAGGUUCUGGAUUCCUAGUCUGUGGUCUGGGGCUCGGAUCACUGGGGCACUCCAUGGCGAAGACUUGGGUCUACCAUUAAGAUCUUCUGGGGGGGAAGGUGUGGCACACAGUAGGCUUUCAGGAAAUUGGUGAAUAAAUAAAUGAGCGUA